UCUCUAAUGCUGGUUUGCACAUUUUUGGCCAUUCUUAAGCUAUUGGCUUGCUUUAAUUAGGUUUUCUUGUGGUGAGAGAGAGUUUUGUGCAGUCAGCAGAGACAACAAACUGGUCCAUACAUAACUGAGGCACUCACAUCUAAGCAGCCUAAUACUUUUUACUGCUGUUGGUGCUCUUGUGGAAUGUUAAUUUCAGGCCCUGGUAUUGCCAUCUGGCUACUUCAGGACAUCCAUCAGUGAUAACUAGGGCUCCACAAUUAAUUGAAAUAUUAUAGAAAUUGCAAUAUGGCCAAAUGUAAAGGAGCAACAUCUGGACGCCCCUGACUGUCUCUUGGUGUGAUGGAUGCAGAGGUGUUGCUGCAGGAGGAGGACAUGGAGGGCUCGUGGAUGCUGCUGUCCUGGCUGGCGUCCUGCAUCAUGGUGUUCGGGGGAGCUUUGCCCUAUGUGCCACAGUACCAGGAGAUCCAUAGGAGCAGCACCAGUGAGGGCUUUUCCACCAGAAUCUGCCUGGUGCUGCUCAUAGCCAACAUCCUGCGCAUCUUCUUCUGGAUAGGGAAGCAGUUUGAGCUCACCCUGCUGCUCCAGAGUGUGGUGAUGAUCCUCACCAUGUUUGCCAUGCUCCACCUCUGCUGCACGGUCCAAAACGCCAACCGAGUGAGCACCAAGCAACACCGACUUUCAGAAUUGGACUUUCGCUACUUCUGGAAGUGGAGCGCGUUUGAGGACUACCUGCUCUUUUGCUUCGGCUUCACUGUGCUGUGUGCGGUGGUCACCCUGCUGCUGCUGGACUCUGCUCUGUUUGUGGAGACGCUGGGCUCCCUGGCCGUGAUGUUUGAGGCCAUGCUGGGUCUCCCUCAGCUGCUGCAAAACUUCGACAACCACUCCACCAAAGGCAUGAGUGGUCCCUUGGGCAGUGGACAAGGUGAAAGGCAGCAGAGGAGGCUGGGACAAGAAGAUAACGAGACAGCAGCUGACAGAAGGAGCGGCAGAGAAGGGACGGAGGAUGAAGAUUUAGAGUGUGAAGAUGGUGCUGCUGUGGAUGGCUGGCGACGUCUUCAAGACAACCUACUUUGUGAUGAAUGAAAGCCCGACUCAGUUCUGGGUUUGCGGUUCAGCCCAGAUCCUAAUCGACGUGGCCAUCCUGCUGCAGGUCGUUUUCUACAGCCAAGACACACGGGCCAAGCUAGGUUGAACAUGGCUGUUGCUUUGGGCAACAUAAAAACCAGGGCUUGUGUGUAAAUUUCUGCGAGGCUUUUUAAUAAAAUGAGCUACAAAGUUGAUUAUAAGGAUAGUUAUUAUCGGAGACAUGUAGCACCAUCAAGAUAGAUCUUUUGGGUCUGUUUUUAGUGUUCAGCCUUGAUUCAAAGUAUUCUGUCAUAUGUGUAUAUUUCAUGAAGAUCCAAACUAUUUACCUUCAAGUGCAAUUAAGCAAACAUUUUUUUUGGUGCAUUUUUAGCAUUUUAUACUAUUUAUUUGUUGUCUGUUGAACAUUACUUGUAUCCUGAAGUGUAGUGGACAUGGAAACUGUAAGAGGGAAACAUUACUCACAUUGGCAGCACACUAACAGCAGAUCUGUGCUGCUGUAAUGACAGCUGUAAUAACCAGUAGCCCUGCAAUGGAAUCUACUGCCUGACUGAUGAGUCUCCCACUUCACACUCCACACCUCACUGGACCUGUUUUCAUACAUUGUGUGUGUGUGUGUGUGUGUGUGUGUGUGUGUGUGUGUGUGUGUGUGUGUGUGUGUGGCAUGCUGGCUUGCUGGUGUGUCUUUACAGCUGAAAUUGAUUUUUGCCGUUGGCAUCCAGUGCCAAGCCAAGGCCACAGAAUGUACAAGUAAUGGUGACUACAUAGGACAUCAAUCUGUGUGUUAUGACUCGUGCUCUUUUGCUUUGUGGUUUUAAUUGACAAGCAAUCCAGGCCUUCCACAAAAGAAACGAAAAACAACGUAACAAUAGGGCCACGCUGCAAUGCUUUGCACUGUACACGUCAGACUUCGGGUCAAAAUAUGUAACGUAAUGUAACAGUAUUACUGAAUAUUUGCGGCAUUGUCAAUCAAACAUGUCAUCGUCCCAAUACUUGUUUUUAGUAUCCCAUCAUUUGCUGCAAUGUCUUUUUGUUCUUUCAAGUUUCGCUAUUGCUUAAAGAUUAAUCAUUUCAUUGAAAAAUUGUAUUGUCAUUAUAAGGCAUUAUAAGGUCAAAGGAGAAUCUAACAAAAUUGUUAAAGGAGAGGCACUCCCUUCUGUUCUUGUAUAUUGUGAAUCAAUUUGCGUCAUCUCUUUGUGUACAUAUCAAAACACCUACUCACAGGGAAUGUUGGAAUAUCUUGAGAUGAUGUGUUUGAUGGAUGUAUCUCACUGUGCCACAUCAUGUAUGAGUCUUUGCAUCCAGAAACGCUUUUCUGCUGAUGCUGUAAUUCAUGUCAUAUAUUUGGGGAUUGGUCAAAAUUAUAUUUAUAGAAGUCUCCCCGGUUGCUGAUACUGCAAGUUGGCGGCUUUGUUGUUCUGUGACCUCCCACUGUGAAAUUCACUCCAUGUGGAUAUACAUGCAUUCUUCAAUGCUAGUUAUCUCAUAUUUCAUCUUUUGGCCAGAUUGUAAGCUGUAUGUGUCUUAUCUCCUGCACCCUGAAUACCCCAGUUGUAUUGCAGUUGCUUUAUUUCUUAUUACCAGAUGUAUAUCUUUAUAUUAUCUCCCUCAGUAGAGACUCAGAACGGCAACCUCAUUGGACGUAGUUUAAUAUUGGGUCUCCCUGUAGCCUUUUCUUCUCAAGGGCAGUAGGACAGAUUACUGCCUGGUUGUGAUAAUCGCUCAGCCAAGUUAUAUUACAAUAAACGUACGUGUUGCCUUACUACUACAGUACUAAUAAGAAUUAUGUGGUUUGUCAUUUCUGAGGAGGGAGAGGGUUGGACUGUUACUUCUACUAGAUGCGAUAUAUAUUUCAUGUGUAUUAUGAAACAAGUUAUUAAUUAUCAGUUAUGGCAAAAAAAAAUUGUGUGAAUUUUAGUUACUGUUGUAAUGUUCGCUGAUGUUUCUUCAGGUAAUGUAUUCACAGGAUCUUUGAAACCAAAGGUGUAACCAAAAGUAAGUGUUGCCUUUAAUUAUUUUAUAGUUUACCAAACCAGACUUCUCAUAUCAUGUAACACUAUGAGGGUUACCACAGGAUAUAAAGGUAUAUGGACAUGUCGAAAAUGAAUCAUGUUAUUUUCUCAAAUAUAAACUAUUUAUAUUUCA